CUGCGCGCUAACCUCUCUACUUCCUUUUACAAUUAAUCGCCGAAAAUGGCUGUAGGCAAGGACAAGAGAGUCCAAAAAGGAAGCCGUAAAGGAGGCAAAAAGAAGGCAGCUGAUCCCUUCUCCAAGAAAGAAUGGUACGAUGUCAAAGCUCCAUCUAUGUUUGCUGUCCGCAAAAUUGGUGUCACCCCUGUCACCAGAAGCUCUGGAACAAAAUUGGCUGCUGACAGUUUAAAAGGUCGUAUGUUCAAGGUUUCCCUUGCUGAUCUCCAGAAUGAUGAAGUUACAUUCAGAAAAUUCCGAUUAUUAGCUGAAGAUGUCCAAGGAAAAAAUCUGUUGACAACUUUCCAAGGGAUGGAACUGACAAGAGAUAAACUUUGUUCAGUUGUCAAGAAAUGGCAGACUAUGAUUGAUUCAAGAGUAGAUGUUAAAACAACUGAUGGUUAUCAUCUCCGUGUAUUCUGUAUUGGAUUCACCAAGAAACGACCAAAUCAAGUCAAGAAAACUUGUUAUGCCCAGAGACAACACGUAUUUAAAAUCCGAAAGAAGAUGGAAGAUAUUAUGAGAAAAGAAAUCACAGCUAUUGAUAUGAGAGAGGUCAUUAAUAAAUUAAUUCCUGAUUCUAUUGGAAAGGAUAUUGAGAAGGCCUGUCAAGGUAUCUUCCCUAUUCAUGAAGUUUAUAUCAGAAAGGUCAAAAUCCUCAAGAAACCAAAAUUAGAUUUUGCUAAAUUAUUGGAAAUGCAUGGUGAGAGUAAUGCACCAGCUACUGUAGCAGCUCCUGUUGUUGAAGAAAGUGGUGAAAAAGUUGAACGACCUGAUGGUUAUGAACCACCAGUGGCUGAUGCUGUCUAAAUAAAUAAAAAAAAUGAACUGAAAUCAAGCUUUUCUUUUUCUUUAGUCCAACAACAUCUUGAAAUGUUCAAAACACCAUGCAAUACUUGUCUUUAUUAGCUGAAAAGUAACAUGUAAAUUCCUUUCAUGCUCUAUUCAAGCAAAGAUAUUUGGACUUAUAUGGGUACAAUUCAUAACAUAGCUGUCCACAAUAUUAUAGAGGUGCAAAUCUUUACUCCACUAUAUAACAUUGGAUUUGUUUUUACAUCCAUCAAGAUAUACUGUGUCAACUUUGACUUAUUACACGAUCUCGACCAUUCUUACAUCUUAUAGUUAUGUCAUAGCCAUAUUAAAAAGAACUUUUGUUU